AGGGGGCGCGUGCGCGUGGAAGGGCGGGGAAGGAGGAGCGCCGCGCGCCAGCAGGUGGGCGCGUCCUUUCGCGCGCGUGCGCGCGCCGGGCCUUUUCCCUCACGUUCCCCGCGCUACGCGUCCCCUCCCCGCUGGGAGCGCGCGCCUCCCGCUCUCGCGUCGGGUCCCCUCUCGGUCUCUCCGAGCCUCACACUCCCCGCGGCUCCUGCCUCGGCCGUCCCCUCGGCCUCGGCUCUCUAGCCCGGAGGCUCAGCCUCGGCCCCUCGGAGCCGCCUCCCAGGCCUCCUCCCCCUUCUUCCGCCACUUCCUACCCUUUCCCGCCCUUCUCUCCCACCCCGUCCACCCGGAGAGCCUGAAUACGAAGCAGGCGGGUUUGAGAAGGGAGUUGGAAAAAUGGAGGUGCCGCGCCUGGAUCAUACCCUCAACAGCCCCACCAGCCCCUGUGAGGAGGUGAUCAAAAACCUCAGCCUGGAGGCCAUUCAGCUGUGCGACCGGGACGGAAACAAAUCACAAGACAGUGGCAUAGCAGAGAUGGAAGAACUUCCUGUACCACAUAACAUUAAAAUAAGCAAUAUUACAUGUGACUCAUUCAAGAUUUCAUGGGAAAUGGAUUCAAAGUCAAAGGACCGUAUUACACACUAUUUCAUUGACCUCAAUAAGAAAGAGAACAAGAACUCCAAUAAAUUUAAACACAAGGAUGUUCCAACUAAAUUGGUGGCAAAAGCUGUUCCUUUGCCCAUGACUGUCCGUGGACACUGGUUUUUGAGCCCAAGAACUGAAUAUACAGUAGCAGUGCAGACUGCCUCAAAACAGGUUGAUGGUGAUUAUGUUGUGUCUGAAUGGAGUGAAAUUAUAGAAUUCUGCACAGCAGACUAUUCAAAAGUUCAUCUAACACAGCUAUUGGAGAAGGCUGAAGUGAUUGCAGGACGGAUGCUUAAAUUUACUGUUUUCUAUCGUAACCAACACAAAGAAUAUUUUGACUAUAUUCGAGAACAUCAUGGGAAUGCUAUGCAACCAUCUGUCAAGGAUAACAGUGGUAGCCAUGGCUCUCCAAUCAGUGGUAAAUUAGAAGGCAUCUUCUUCAGCUGCAGCACUGAAUUCAAUACUGGGAAGCCACCCCAGGAUUCACCUUAUGGAAGAUACAGGUUUGAGAUUGCAGCAGAAAAACUUUUUAACCCCAAUACUAACUUAUACUUUGGGGACUUCUACUGUAUGUACACUGCUUAUCAUUAUGUGAUUCUUGUUAUUGCCCCUGUGGGAUCACCAGGAGAUGAAUUUUGUAAGCAGCGCCUUCCUCAACUAAAUUCCAAGGAUAAUAAAUUUUUGACCUGCACGGAAGAAGAUGGGGUGCUGGUUUACCACCAUGCCCAGGAUGUCAUUUUAGAAGUCAUUUAUACUGACCCUGUGGAUCUUUCUCUGGGCACUGUAGCAGAAAUCACUGGUCAUCAGCUCAUGAGUUUGUCUACUGCAAAUGCAAAGAAAGAUCCCAGCUGCAAAACCUGUAAUAUCAGUGUUGGACGUUAAUGCCCACUUUUCUUAUUCUUACCCAGUCCCUCUUCUUCCCCUAAGAGCAUUGAUCCUCUGUUGUCCAUUUUCAUCAUCAGAUGUUUUCCAUUGAAGCAUGCACAUGCCGCUAUCACCAAAAGCAAAUUGCCAUUUUUCAAAUUUCAUCCAGAGCCGUUUUAGUGUUUCCUAUUCCCUGCCCUUCCCAUUACUUUCAAUGAUGAAAGUUCUCCUCUGACACUUUAUUGCCUAGAUGCUGCAAUGUUUUUAUUUUUCCUUAUGCCAAACAUAACAAAACAAUUAUAUAAACUGCUUUAGCAAAAUACAGAAUAACGGCUUAUAAAUGGUGUUUAAAUAUGCAUUCAUUUUAAUCUACUGAACAAAUAUUGGGAUAACUCCAAACCGCAUGAAAGGGUGUAAUUGCAGCAUGAGUUAAAUCCUGAAGCCUAGAAUUGUCAGCACUUCCAACUUGUUGUUUGACAGUGUUAUUUAUGUUAUUUAUAUUAGCUAACAGCAAACAACUAUUGUGUUUCAACAUAAUAAAUAUAAUAGAAAAAUAUUUUAUUUGUAUUGUAUAAAAUAUUUACAAUCAUAUAGAAUAUAUAGUUACAUUUUAAUAGCAAUUGUAUACAUGUCAUGAAACCAUUUCCCUUAUCAAAGAUGUAGUUUGUAAACUUCAAAUAGUUGUGUAUCUGUCCUGUUACAAGUAGAUGACUUCAAUUAAACAAAUUUAUGAAGGA